CUUCGCUGGCUUCUGUAGAAGAUCUCUGGCCUCUGGAGUUGAGCACAGAGACUUCCUUGCAGGAACCUGUCUCCCUACAGAUCUGUGAAGAUGAGCUUGCAGGCCACACCCACACUGCUGCAGCUAGCAAUGCAAAGUCUGAUGAGGGACGAGGCCUUGGCCGUCUCUGCUCUGCAGGACCUGCCCAUAGAGCUCUUCCCACCACUCUUUAAGGAUGCCUUCACCCACAAACGAUUUAACAUCCUGAGGAAGAUGGUGCAGGUCUGGCCUUUUCCGUGUCUCCCACUGGGUGGUCUGAUGAAGAUAAAGCCACCGUACCUGGAUAUCUUACAAGCCAUACUGGAUGGGAUUGAUGCCCUGCUUGACCAGAAUAUUCACCCCAGUAGUUACAAACUGCGAGUUCUGGAUUUACGGGCUUUGCACAAGGACUUCUGGACCGUUUGGGCUGGAGAUACGACGGCAUCUUGCAAUCCCGGGGCCAAGUGUAAGAGAAAACCACAAAGGAGAGGUUCGAAGAUAAUAACCAAGCCAAACUCGUUGAAAGUGUUUAUAGACCUGUUCCUCAAACCAAGAACCUUGGAUACGUGCCUGUCCUAUGUCUUCCAGUGGGUGAGAGAGAGAAAAGCUCUGCUGCAGUUUGUCUGUAAGAAGCUGAAGAUCAACACGGUAGGUAUCCAGAACAUCGUGAAGGUUCUGGAAGUGCUGGAUCUGGACUGUGUGGAGGAAAUAGAAGUAUGCUGCACCUGGAAGCUGUCCACUCUGGCCACCUUUGCUCCUUACCUGGGCCAAAUGAAAAAUCUUCUCACGUUCAUUCUCUCUCGAAUCCACGUGCCUGACUCUGUUACGCCUGAGGAGAAGAAGCAGUUGGUCAGCCAGAUCACCUCUCAGUUUCUCAACCUGCAGAGCCUCCAGGAUCUCUCCCUGGACUCCAUCUGCUUCCUCAAAGGUCAAAUGGACCAGCUGUUCAGGUGCCUGGAGGCCCCCUUGGAGAUCCUGUCUAUCACUGAUUCCCAGCUGUCAGAAUCAGACUUGAAGUCCCUGUCCCAGUGUCCAGGCAUCCGACAGCUCAAACACUUGAACCUGAGUGGUGUCAUUCUGACCGACAUGAAUCCUGAGCCCCUUCGAGUCCUGCUGGAGAGAGUUGCACCCACCCUGAAGACCCUGGACUUGGAGAACUGUAUGAUUACGGACUCUCAGCUCAAUGUCCUCUUGCCUGCCCUGAGCCAAUGCGUUCAGCUCAUCAUGUUCAACUACAUAAGGAAUCCCAUCUCAGUGGCUGUUCUGGAGCGCCUGCUGUACCACACCUCCAGGCUGAGCUGCUUGAGCUUGGAGAUGUAUUCUACCCCUUGGGAGAUUUAUGGUGCCCAGGGUGCUUCCCACCAUAGGAGGCUUGAUGAGCUUCGAGAGGAGCUGAGCAAGACAAUGAUGAAUCUAGAACACACCAGGACGGUCUGGUUCAGCGUCGCGCCCUGUCUUCCUCGAGGCGGCAACCAGGCCAUAUGAGUCAGAGCCCAAGUUCCAUCAGGCAGGCCUGGUCCCCUAACUGGGUACUUGUGUGGCAAGUGAUUCCUUGUAGCUCUUGGGAACAGAAUCCUUUAGUAUAGAUGACUCCUGAAGAGAACACAGUACAUGUGAUCUCAGGGUGGGGGAUGGGGGUGGGGAUAGGGAUGGGGGAUGUUGAGCAGCAAAGGCAGCCUCAUAAAGGCUGACCUAAGAUGUUGAUGUCCUUUGGGACAUGUGUAUUCAGCAAUAAGAAGUGAAGUUUCUAGAUGAAGAAACCCUUGAGGGUGUUUACUUCAUGGAUGGAGGGAAAGAAGUUGCCAGUGUGUUCUUCCCCACUUCAGGCUAUAGGGCAAAUGGAACACAUCAUGUUACAGCUUGGCAAGCCCAAAGUAGCCACUGGCAGCCACCACCUUAAUCUCGAGCUCUGAGCCCUAAGGGAUUUGCCUACCAGCAGUCCUAUCCAUCCAAGAAGGCUACAGUUCAGCUCAGAGGGUAGUGUCAGUGUAGAGUCUAAACAACUUCACUGAGGGAUGCAAAGAGCUUCGAGAUGGUGCUGCCAGGUGCUGACAACCACCACAAACCAAGUAGGAAGGGAUAGGCUUAAACUCUAAGUAGGUAAUAACCAUAUACCAUGCUUGAAAAUCAGUAAAGCCGACAACACAGUAAAGUAACAUUGUUAGUCCUAAGGUACCUAAGUUACAGCUGACCACCGUGAACAGAUGUAUCACCUGACCUUUGUUUGGUCUCCAAAUGACUCAGACUUCUUGAUUUAAGUGACUGGCCCUAUUGCACUGUGGGUGGGUGGCUUUAUUAGUAAUAUACUACUGGGGACUACAUGUAGGACUCUGUACAUGCUAGGCAAAUGCUCUACCACUAUGAACCUUUAAAUCAUUAAAGUGUUGUGUAUGUGUUGAAUGUAGGGGAAUUUGCAGAGUUUAAAUAAACGUGUG